AAAAGAGAAAAAAGAAAAAAUGCAAACUGGGUUUUAGCGUUUUUUGCUUUUUGGUUCUCUACCGCAACCCGCGCCUGCCUCACCUCUCGCACUCCUUCGACAUCCUCUCUCCCUGUCCGUAGAAGUCCAAGCAGUGGAGCUAGAAGAUCUAUCUCAACAGGUGCUGUAGCUAUUUAAUUAGGAAGAUUUGAAGCUUUGACUGAAAUUCAGUUUGCCAGUAUCCGACAAAGCAAUGGCUCGUUUACGAAAUAAAAAUAAGAAGAUGUUCGUGAAGCCAACAUCGAAAAAGAAACAGGCCGACGUGGAUCAUAUCACUGGUGAUAAGAUCCCUAAGAGCUUUGUUUUUGCAAGAGGGAAGUUGCCUGGCCCACUCAGGCAACUUCAGAUGAACUUGAGAAAGUUGAUGCUUCCCUUUACUGCUCUCAAGCUCAAGGAGAAGAAACGGAAUAGUCUUAAGGACUUUUUGAAUGUUGCCGGGCCUAUGGGUGUUACCCACUUCCUUAUGUUGUCGAAAACCGAAACUGCACCCUAUCUGAGGGUUGCAAGGACCCCACAAGGCCCAACUCUUACGUUUAAGAUACAUGAGUAUUCAUUGGCAGUUGAUGUUGCUCAAUCUCAAUUGCACCCUAGAUGUCCACAAGAUCUUUUCAAAAAUGCCCCUUUGAUUGUUCUUUCUGGUUUUGGGUCUGGAGAACAACACUUAAAACUCACAACUGUGAUGUUUCAGAAUAUCUUUCCAGCCAUUGAUGUUAAUACUGUCAAACUUUCUUCUUGCCAGAGAAUUGUGUUACUUAAUUACAAUAAAGACACAAAACUUAUUGAUUUUCGGCAUUAUUCCAUCAGACUCCAGCCUGUAGGUGUCUCCCGUAGACUCAGAAAGUUUGUGCAGAACCGCCAAGUCCCUGAUCUUAGGAAUCUCCAAGACGUGAGCGAUUUUGUCUCUAAGGCUGGUUAUGGAUCAGAAAGUGAAGGAGAUGAUGAAGCAGCAACAGUAACUCUAGCAAAUGAUCUUGGUAGAGUCAAUAAAGCUUCUACGAAAAGCGCUGUGAAGCUCCAAGAAAUUGGCCCCAGAAUGACUCUUCAACUUGUGAAGAUUGAGGAAGGAUUAUGUUCUGGUGGUGUCAUCUUCAGUGAAUAUGGAACUGCAAGUGAGAACGGGCAGGAAAAGAAUCAGAACAAUGGGGAAGAUGAUAAUGAUGAUGUCGAAGAAAAUGAUGAAGAUAGUGACUAGCCAAGUCAGCAAUUGGAGUGAACGGCAGUAAACAUCCGGAGUCAUUCAGUGGUGGUGAGAAAGUCGGCAGUCUCAACCCAAAUGUGCCUAUAUAGGGAGAGGAUACUAAUUUAGAGAAAUUUUGGGAGUUUUGUGAAGCAGUAGCACUUCUCGUUCAGUUUAUUUUUGUUUUGUGACUUUUGUAGCACUUCUCUUGAGAAGCUGAGCAAUGAAUUUUUUUUUUCA